CCGUGUAAUAUGGGAAAUUGCGUGAACGACUGUCACGGAAGUCUUGAAACGUGCUGUUGUCAUUUUCCUAAGAACGGAGCAGAAAGGGACUAUUUUCAGUUAAUGUGUUCAUUGAAUUGGUUGAUCCAAAACGUAAUCGAUCAUAGGAUCAUACGCAAAGAAACUGAAGAAGACUCGUUAUUGCUGUUGUACUAAGUUCAUUAUGGCUACUGAGGGAGACCCAACUGCCUUCAUUAAAGUGCUUCAUCUUUUAGUGAUUUCGUUCACCUGGGGCAUGCAAGUGUGGGUGUCUUUCAUAGCAGGUUUUGUGCUGAUUUCACAGGUAUCCAUGCACACGUUCGGUCUUGUGCAAAGCAAGUUGUUUCCAUUUUAUUUCUACUGUCUGUUGGGCGGUAAUGCUGUCAAUCUGGCCAUUUAUGCUGUGUACCACCCUAGAGAACUGCUGGACUGGCACGAGGGCAUACAGAUGACUCUGUUCUUUGUGUCUGUGAUCAUGGCCGGAUUGAACACACAGUGGUUCGGGCCGUCUGCCACAGAGAGCAUGCUGGUCAUGCAAGAGAUCGAGAAGGAACAUGGUCUGGGAGGUCAGGUGGGCAUGAGCGCCAAUAAGGAAGGAUACACCAAACUCCGCGAGCAGGAUCCGAAAUACAAGGAACACAGAUCCACUUUCUACCACUAUCAUGGUCUGUCUAACCUCUGUAACCUCGUAGGAUUUUUCGCCACUACCACAAAUCUAAUAUAUCUGUCUCUACAUCUGGGAACUAUUUGAGCAUUUUAUAUCAGCGUUGUGUGUCUUUCGUGAAGUACAUGAAGCAAACUGACAGGCAGAUAUUUUAGAGAAUUCUCCUGUGCAUGUUCUCUUGUUUAAUUUUUAAAGGCUGUCUUGUGUAACAAUAAUGCUUCUAGUUUGAAUACAAUGAGUGUCCUUAAUAUUACCAAUGCCAACAGCUUGUGCCAUACUGAGAAUCUUAAAGAGACAGUUCACCCCAAAUAUGAACAUUCUCUCAUCUACUCACCCUCGUGCCAUUCCAGAUGUGUAUGACUUUUUCUUCUGCUGAACACAAAUGAAGACUUUGACAAAUAUUUUUUUUAGCUAUGUUGGUCCAUACAAUACGAGUGAAUGGUGACCAAAACAUUGAAGCUCCAAAAAGCACAUAAAGGCAGCAUAAAAGUAAUCCAUAAGACUCCAGUAAUUAAAUGAAUGUAGUCAGAAGUGAUAUGAUAAGUGUGGCUGAGAAACAGAUCAAUAUAUAAGUCCUUUUUUUACUAGAUGCACAAAGUUUUAAUUGCCAAAAAUAAAAAUUGAAUAUUGAUUAACUUCAAUAUUGAUCUGUUUCUCACCCACAUCUUAUCGCUUCUGAAUUUUUUGGGGUUAUUAAUACAAUUAUUAUUUAAUUACUUAUUUUUAAACACGAUUAAUAAUCAUAUUUUAUCUAAUUACACAAUGAUGAUUCAUCGACAUUAUAGACAUUACAGUUGUAUCCUCUGUUAAUGCUGAUCUGCUGUAAAGCUGCUUUGAAAUUUACUUUUAUGCUGCCUUUAUGUGCUUUUUGGAGCUUAACAUUUCUGGUCACCAUUCACUUGCAUUGUAUGGACCAACAGAGUUGAAAUAUUCUUCUGAAUAUCUUUGGGUCAACUAUCACUUUAAGAGUAUAUUUGUGGAACGACAUAAGGGAACUAUAAUGUUUCAAUGUGGGUAAUUGCACUGAAGAUGUUGCUUAUUGUAAACAGAAUAUCUAUUUAAAUGCAGUAGUUAUUAUAUAGCUUUUUAUGACUGCUUUGAGUGUGUUUUAUAUGUGUUAAACAAUACAAUGAACAAUCCAUAUAUUUUUCCACUAGAAGGCUGUGUGUGAAAAAUGAGUGGACCAAUCAUAGGCUUGUCGAUUUCAAUGCAUUUAUGAGCCUGUUUACAUGUUUUAUUGAUUGAAUGACACUAAAAAGGAAAUUAAAUUGUAUAAGAAGCAAAGCAGUAUAAAUGUGAACGACCCAUUGAUCAUUGUUGUACAUGUAAUGUUUAAACAGAUAAGUGAACUUAUUUCCUGUCAUCAAUGUGUACAUAGAGACAUGUUCAACAUUCCAGUGCUACUGUGAUGUCACAGAAGUGCAACUGAGUGGAAUGUUCUCUAUAUUAAUUCUAGCCUUUGUUUGUAUUUCAAUGAGUAGUUGGUGUACAUACCAAAUAUUUCUUUUUUCCCAUCAGUUAUUUAGUUAAAUGCAUAUCAAUGUUUGUCCAUCUGAAAAAGAUCACUUUGAAUAUAAAGCAGUCCAAACCAGGUAUUUGUGAAUGUUUUUAUUUUUACCUAAGUGACUUGCAAAGAUGUUACAGAUGAUGAAGCUCACACAGACAUUAUAG